AGGAGACAGGCUCUGGCAGGCGAAGCCUCAGGGAGAGUAUGGACCCUGCCUAUACUCAUGUUAAAAUCUGCCUGUCCAGAUACAUGCCUUCACACACACACAUGGGAGCCACAUGCACUGUGAGCAGCCAGGAUAAGACAGCAAUAAAGAUAUCACACUAAGCAUGAAAGUAUUGUGUCUACUCCUUCUGCUUGUGGGAUAUGGCUUGUAUGCUGCUGAAGCCUUUGCAUUGGUGAACGUAGCUUCGAGAGGCAGGACCACUCAGUCAUCAACGUUCAACAGCUCCACUGCUGCCAAGAAGGCCAUCGAUGGGAACCGAAGCGGUGUGCUCCUCGAGGGGUCAUGCGCGCACACGGAGGCUGAGACCAACCCCUGGUGGAGGAUCGACCUGCUGGAGACAUACAGAGUCGCCUCCGUGAAAAUCACCAACAGGCAGGACUGCUGUGCGGAGAAUAUAAAUGGAGCAGAGAUCCACAUCGGCAACUCACUGGAACACAAUGGCAACACUAACCCAAGGUGCGCAGUGAUCUCAUCCAUACCAGCAGGAGGAGCCAGCACCUUCCAGUGCAAUGGGAUGGAGGGCCGUUAUGUGAAUAUCUUCAGCAGGGGCUACAGGCAGCAUCUGACACUGUGUGAGGUGGAGAUGUGAUGUCAUUUCCUCCUUCCCUGCGUGGGAAUCUAAGACGUUCUACUGCAGGGGCCAUCUGGGUCGCUACGUUAACAUCUUUCUGCCAGGCUGUGACAAGCAUCUGGCACUGUGUGAGGUGGAGGUCAAUGCAACCCCUGAGCAAGGGGAGGAAAUUGAAGAUGAACAACCAAAACCUGCAAAAACACGAGUAAACACUAAUUGCCCUAACACUAAAACUGUGCUUGAGAAUGCAGCCACUGGAGGGACUGCCACCCAGUCGUCUCAGCUGGACGCGCUCGGGGGUGCCAAUAACGCCAUCGACAGAAACAGGAGUUCCACCUACUCAGACGGCUCCUGCAGUCAAACCAAAGCUGAGAUUGACCCCUGGUGGUGGGUCAACCUGGGAAAGGUCCACAAUGUCACUUUUGUGACCGUCACCAACCGUGGGGACUGCUGUUCUGACAGAAUCAGUGGAGCGGAGAUCCGCGUUGGCAACUACCUCGACAAUGAGGGCAACAACAACCCACUGUGUGCAGUGAUUCCUUACAUCCCAGCUGGCCAGAUUAGGACUUUUGAGUGUGGUGGGAUGGAAGGCCGCUAUGUCAACAUACUGCUCCCUGGCCGAGAGAAAUACCUGACUCUUUGUGAAGUAGAGGUGCAUGCCAGCACCUUUCAACCAGGCCUACCUUUAUCAGCGCCUCCCUCUGCUGUACCUAACAAGGCGGCCCCCAACCCUUACCUGACCUGGCUGUGGGCCCCAUGGCAAAAACUGCGCCACCCUGUGCCUCAGAGUGAUAACGUUGCAGUGAAGGGGAGAGCCACUCAGUCCUCUCAGUUCAGUCGCCUGACCCAUGCUGAGAAUGCCAUCGAUGGGAGCCUGGACGCGGAGUACCUCUCUGGCUCAUGUGCCCACACGCGACUUCAGUCUGACCCCUGGUGGCGAGUUGACCUCUUGGCGGUGCAUAGGGUGGACUCCCUGACCAUCACCAACAGAGAGGACUGCUGUGAGUGGAGACUGGACGGGGCCGAGAUCCUCGUUGGGAAUUCACUGGAAAACAAUGGGAACAGCAACCCAGUGUGUGCUGUUGUUUCUUCCAUCCCUGCUGGGGAGUCCAUAACCUUCCAGUGUCACGGCAUGGAGGGAAGAUACGUCAACAUCAUCCGACCGGGAUGCUUCAAGUUCCUCAGUCUUUGUGAGGUGGAAGUUCACGCCAGGCCUGUGUCUGGAGUUUCUACACUGAAUACUGUAAAGGAUUAUGAAGACAAGCCCUUAGAAACACAAUGCCCUGAUGUCCAAGUACCUGAGAACAUUGCCUCCCAGGGAAAUGCUACGCAGUCCUCUCAAUAUGACCACCUUGGAAAUGCCAACAAUGCCAUAGACAGAAAGCGAAACCCAUUGUACCACGCUGGCUCCUGCUCUCACACCAAGCGGGAGACAAACCCCUGGUGGAAGGUCGAUCUGAUGAGGAGCUACAGAGUGACCUCUGUGACGAUCACCAACAGAGGGGACUGCUGCGCUGAGAGGAUCAACGGAGCCGAGAUUCACAUCGGUAACUCCCUGGAAAACCAUGGCCACAACAACCCUCUGUGUGGUGUUAUAUCAGACAUGAGAGAGGGAGACUCUGUGACAUUUUGGUGCCGUGGAAUGGAGGGUCGUUAUGUCAGUGUCUUUCUUCCUGGAAGAAGAAGAUACCUAACUCUAUGCGAAGUAGAGGUCAACAGUACCGGAGAGAGUGAUCCUCAAUAAAGAUAUAUAGGAACUGUGGAGUUCCAUGUUAAGGCCUCUCUAGCAAAUUAGUUAUUCUCUCUUGAUAUUGGAUUGAUACAGAAUUCUUAUUGAUACUGCUCAUAAUGAACAAGAAAACAAUAAAAACAAAUUAAACAAU